GUGGCGCAGCCGCCUCUCUAGCUGCUCCGGCCCCAGCCCGCGGCUCGCGGACCUGCAGCCCUGCCCGGCCGCGCUGCGUGCCCCGGCGCGCACCCCUCCCACUCCCACCCACUCGGAGCCAGGUCCCCUGCCCCGCUCUGGCCCGCUCCCACUGUCCCCGACCACCUUCUUCGCCCCUGCCGGCCCCCGCCCCUUCCAGCCACUACCCCGCCCCCCACCCCCUUCUCCCCCCGGACUAGGCAGAGGCCGCCCGCGGUCAGGCCAGGCCGGGUCCAAUUAGGGGACUCACGGCCUGCCCCGCUGUGCACCCCGAGGAGGCCCGGCCCCUGUGUCCAAUCCGGAAGUCGCAGGGAAGUGGGGAGGUCAGGAUGGUGGCGCCCGCGGCUCGGGUCUUCCUCCGGGCAGUGCGCGCGGCUCUCACUUCCACGGUCCCGGACCUGCUCUGCCUCCUGGCCCGAGGCUCCCCGCGUGGCCUCGCGUCUGGUCGCCUGCCCCUCGCGGCCCGCUCCGCCCAGCAUGGACCUGGAUCCGGGGCGCCUUGGUUGCGAAUUGCCAGGAGGGCCCUGAGGACCUGAAGGCUCCCGGUCACCUCGGGAAGGGGCAGGAGCUCAGGUUGGCGCCGCCGGUGCAGUGGGCGUUACAGGUGCAAGGGAACCAGUUGCAAACUGCAGUGCUGGGCCUUGAGGAUGGCUCCUCCUGAGCCGGCGGGCAGGGUGACGCUCUCGCCAAAAAAUUUAGAACGAGUCUACGUGGACCCGCAAGUCUCAGCGAGCGGGGGUUUCCUGCGAGGCCGAGCGCGAGGAACAGCCGGCCCCGGAGGCUCGGGCUCGGGGUCUCCCCGGGAACGCGGCCGACUGAGAAGGCCGGGGCGCUCGCCGGGCUGGGCGCCGUCCUCCGUGUCGCGGGGACGGAAGGAGGCGACGCAGGCCAGGAGUCGUGCUCGCGGGCGGCGAGGGGGCGCUGUGGCCCGUGUCUGCCGGCCUGAGUCCCAGCAACGGUGGGCGCGACCCACCUCCUCCCACGGCGGCUUAAUUCGGGGAAGAAGAAAAAACGGCAUCAAGGCAUUUCAAUAAAACCUAAGCGAUUCCUGA